AUGAUGAGGGUCUCAGAACCAAUAUUAGACAUGGAAAUGGCAAACUACAGUGAAGUUUUAGAUCCAACGUACACCGCACUGGAGUUUGAAACUAUGCAGAUUCUGUACAAUGGCAAUGACAGUUCUGGAGAACCUCUCAACAUGAAUUCUACUGACAGCGGGAUCAGCAGUCUCUGUGCAAUAUGUGGAGACCGAGCAACUGGAAAACAUUAUGGUGCUUCCAGUUGUGAUGGAUGCAAAGGAUUCUUUAGACGCAGUAUACGGAAAAAUCAUGUUUAUACAUGCAGAUUCAGUCGGCAAUGUGUUGUUGACAAGGACAAAAGGAAUCAGUGCAGAUAUUGUCGUUUAAAAAAAUGUUUUCGAGCAGGAAUGAAAAAAGAAGCUGUACAAAAUGAACGGGACAGAAUAAGUACAAGAAGAAAUACUUUUGAUGGCUGCAACAUUCCCUCUAUUAGCACAUUGUCACAAGCUGAAACACUUUCCCGUCAGAUCUCAAUCUCCAGUCCUGGUGCAAGCACUGACAUAAAUGCUAAGAAAAUUGCUGGUAUUAGUGAUGUCUGUGAAUCUAUGAAGCAGCAACUUUUGGUCCUGGUGGAAUGGGCUAAAUAUAUUCCUGGCUUCUGUGAGUUACCACUGGAUGACCAGGUUGCACUGCUGAGAGCACAUGCUGGGGAACACCUGUUGCUUGGAGCAGCAAAACGGUCCAUGGCGUAUAAGGACAUUUUACUUUUAGGUAACAACUAUAUAAUCCAUCGCAACAGUACUGAAGUGGAGAUCAGCCGAGUGGCAAAUCGAAUCCUAGAUGAACUAGUUCGACCCUUCCAGGAAAUUCAGAUAGAUGACAAUGAGUAUGCUUGCCUGAAAGCGAUUGUGUUUUUUGAUCCAGAUGCAAAAGGCCUGAGUAAUCCAAUGAAGAUUAAGAACAUGCGGUACCAAGUCCAGAUCAGUUUAGAAGAUUAUAUCAAUGACCGUCAGUAUGACUCCCGAGGAAGAUUUGGAGAGCUUUUGCUUUUACUGCCUACACUCCAGAGUAUCACCUGGCAAAUGAUUGAGCAAAUACAACUGGUUAAACUAUUUGGAAUUGUUAAAAUUGACAGUUUGCUUCAGGAAAUGUUACUGGGAGGUACUUCUAAUGAUACCAGUCAUUUACAUCAUCCAGUACAUCCUCACUUAGCCCAAGAUCCAUUAACUGGCCAAACCAUCCUCAUAAGUUCAAUGUCUGCUCCUGUACAUGCAGAACAGAUUUCAACACCAGAGACUCCAUUACCUUCCCCUCCUCAAGGCUCUGGACAAGAAUACAAAAUAUCUUCAAAUCAGGCUUCAGAAUGGGACAAUCCUUCUGGAUUUCCUGGAACCUGGACAAACCAUCAACUCUGACAGCUACAUCAUGAGACUGACUAAGUCGAAAGUUUAAACUUUCAGAGUCAGACCAGAGAAGACAGCCUUUCUCCUGCAACACAAUAAUGCCAGGCCCUUUACCAGUUUGAAGAUCAUGGAACACACAAACAAUCUGGGCAGCACUGUCAUACCACACCCAGCAUAUAGUCUUGAUUUGGUGCCUUUUGACUUCCAUUUAUUUGGGCUGAGGAAAGAUGGACUACAUAGCCAACAUUUUUCUAUCAACAAUGUCACAGAAACUGUAAAACAGUGAAUUGCCUCCAGUGGUGCAUAUAUUUACGGGCGUGGCAUGCAAGCUCAUGUUCAUCACUGGCAAAAAUGUAUAGCUA